AUGGGUAAUAAACCCAGUACGAAUAAAAGGCACAUCGCCGGGACUUCGGAUGUCCUGUCGCGUGCACAAUCACAAUCCUCUGGAAGCUCAAAGCCGAAUGUUAUGGCCGCGGCCAAGCAAGCGUACGCUUGUUACAAGAAGACGUGGAACGUGACCCAACUGAAAACCGCCAUAACGCUAUUUCAACAAGCGGUGAACGACGCGCCCGAACCAGAUGCUGACCUGCUAGGUCGGCUGGGGCGCUGUCUAGGUGUAUAUUAUGGCGUUCGAGGAAACCUUGAUGACCUCCAGCGAGCCAUUGCGGCUGAGCAAAGAGCCCUACAACUCGUCCCGGAUGGUCACCCUCACAGAGCUUUGCGUCUGCACAAUCUCAGCGCCUCAUUGCGAAAACGCUUUGAAUCCCUUGGCACAAUCGACGACCUCGCAAGCGCCAUGGAAAUGCAACUAUGUGCAGUCAAGCUUACUCCGGAUGACGAUCCUGACCUACCAGCGAGGCUCGACAACCUGGGGUACAUACAGGGCCUUCGUUUUAAGCGGUUUGGAGAGCUCGAAGACCUCGAGAGCGCCAUUUCGAAUCGACAGCGUGGGAACGAGCUGACUCCAGAUGAUCAUCCCGACAAAGCUCACCAGCUGCACACCCUCGCAUCGUCCUUACGCAGCCGCUUUGAGCGUCUCUCCGGCCCCUCUGACCUUGAGCGGGCUAUUACGACGCAACGCCGCGCUGUCGAGCUUACUCCGGAUGACGACCCCGGCCUGCCAGUGAGGCUCGAUAACUUGGGAUACUUGCAGGUCCUUCGUUUCGAGCGUUUUGGAGAGCUCGAAGACAUCGAGAGAGCCGUUGAGAAUACACAUCGUGUAAACGAGCUGAUUCGUGAUGAUCACCCCGGCAAAGCUAAGCAGCUGCACAACCUCGCAUCGUCCCUGCGCAGACGCUUCGAGCGUCUCGACGACCCCGCCGACCUUGAGCGCGCCAUCACGAUACAGCGCCGCGCUGUCGAGCUUACUCCGAUCGACCAUCCCGGCCUGCCAAGUCAGCUCGACAACCUCGGCUCUUUGCAGUGGCUGCAUUAUAAACACUUUGGAGAGCUCGAAGAUAUCAAGAGAGCCAUUGCGUACGAACAACGUGCAAACGAGCUGACUCCUGAUGACAAUUCCCAGAAGGCAUGGAGGCUGAAUAGUCUGAGCAUAAUUCUUUUGUCUGAAUUCCGCAGAUCGAAUGCGGAGGAGGCUCUUGAUAAUGCUUUACACUGUCUCAUGGCUGCCACAUCACGACCAGACGUCCCGCCACACUUACGUCUGCAAACAUGCAAGCAUGCCAUUCAACAUAUCCAUGAGCACACGCAGUUCAGUACAUCUGACAGACUGAUCCCGUUGCACUCUCGCAUUCUCGAUAUCAUCCCCGAGUUUGUUUGGCCUGGGCAUACCAUGGACCGUCGUCUGAAAGAGUCUCAAGAACUCGGUCAGCUUGUCAGUGCUGCCGUAUGUGCUGCCAUUGGCUUCAAUGCUACGACGCAAGCCGUCGAAUGGCUGGAAGCGGGUAGAACCCUCAUAUGGUCCCAGACACUGAUACUGCGUAGCCCACUUCGCGAUCUCGAACAACACCCUGAUCUAGCGCGUGCUCUCAACGACGUACACGUUCGGAUGCAGGACUCAAUCUGUUCGCCAUCCCAUCUUGAUGAUGUUCUGAUGAAUGAGCAGUAUGGCCCAAUGACAGGCUCGGGCCGUAGCCGCGCAGACAUCCAACGAGGCCUUGCCAUCGAGCAUGGAAAGCUACUCUCGAAUAUUCGCAAACUCGAAGGGUUCCAGGACUUUAUGCUUCCCAAGAAGCUUCCCUCAUUGCUUCCCUCGUCUAUGCGUUUCGGCGGGCCUGUGGUCUUCAUCAACACGGAUCGUGUGCGCUGCGAUGCCUUGAUCCUACUCGCGGAUGGCACAGUCAAGGUCGUGGCAUUACCGGACCUCUCCUCGGAUAAGGCUACGGACCUCCGGUCACAGUGGGCGUCGUAUCUCGAUCUACACGAUGCUCGUGAGCGUGGCACACUUCGAGAUACCCCGAGAACAGAUCACCACGCUGAGAAAGCAAUAUCACCUCGUCAUAUCCUCGGCCGCAUCUGGGGAUGGAUUGUACGACCGAUACUGGAAGGCCUCGCUAUAUACGGCCCCAAAGCGCCCUCCGGCUCUCUUCCCCGUAUCACCUGGUGUCCUACUGGACCUCUAACUCAGCUGCCACUGCACGCAGCGGGGGAUUACGAAGAGUCUGGGCCACGCGUUUACGACUUCGUGGUCUCCUCAUACACCCCAUCUCUCUCCGCGCUCACGCGCAGCAUCAAUGCAAUCACAAUCACAGACACGCCUGUUGCUCCGAGUGUACUUGUCGUGACGCAGUCAGACGUCCCCGGGUACAUCCCGAUACCAGGUACAUUGGUCGAAGGCGAACGUGUGCGAGGGGUCCUGGCGCAGUCGAAGUAUGACACCUCCCUCUUCACAGGGGACAAAGUGUCGAAGGCUGUCAUACGAUCUGCGCUGAACCAACACACCUGGCUGCACCUGGCUUGCCACGGUACGCAGAACACAGAAGAUCCUCUGCAGAGCGCAUUCGCACUGCACGACGGUCCGCUCUCGCUCCUCGACCUCAUGAACACCAGGGCGGACGACGCAGAGCUCGCAUUCCUAUCCGCGUGCCAGACCGCCGUCGGCGACGAGAAGAUACCCGAGGAAUCGAUGCACCUCGCAGCGGGCAUGCUUGCCGUGGGGUACAAAGGCGUGGUCGCCACGAUGUGGUCGAUCGGAGAUAAAGACGCGCCAGUCGUUGUCAAGGCGUACUAUCGGAAGCUGCUCAAGCUUCGCGCGUCGGGGACGCCCGGGAAGGGAGAGACGGGCGCGGCAUAUGCGCUGCACGAGGCCACGAAGAAGUUGAGGAAGAAGGUCGGGGAUGAACAGUUCGCGCGUUGGGCACCGUUCGUGCAUUUCGGGAUAUAG